AUGGAUCCAAAGAAGUUGAAGUUCCUGGUGCAGGAGCUUGUUUCACACGAGAUGCUUCCUUUGAAGAGAAAGAUUUCAGAGCUUGAGUCGACGGUAAGCUCCUUGAGAGAAGGCCUGAACUCUUCUAUCGCAUCCGGUGUGGAGCAAGGAAAUAUUAUGAAAGCCGACGAGCAAGCGAGUGAAAUGGAACGCUUGGACGAACCGCACGAAGAAAUCACGAGCAACUUGUCACAAGUUAUAGAUCCUAAGGGAAAUCUCAUCAAUCUCUGCACCCGGAACUCUCUUGAGAUGCCCGUAUUCAAAACGACUCGUGCAGGGCCUGACCAUGAGCCUCAGUUUUCCUGCACUGUGACCAUAGGGCAACAAACCUUUUAUGGGUCUCAGCAGCCUACGAAGAAGUUGGCAGAGAAAGAAGCGAGCAAGCAGGCAGUAGAGGGCCUGUUUGAAGCUGGCAGCGGCAUCGUGCGAAGUCCCUUGGUCAACAGCCGUCUAGUUGAAGAAUCGGCGAAAUCUCAAACUCAGACUUGUCCUAUCACCAGCUGUCGACCUCAAAACCAACCCGUGCGAGAAAAUGUGAGAGAGACAGACUUUAUCAAUCAAGGUUGGAUGCUGCAGGUGCUGGUAGACGCAGACAACAGUGCGAAUAUCCUUCCGCACAUCAGCAACUGGAUCAAGAGCAAGCCUAGGAAGCUGGGUGGCAGAAUCUCCAUCGACGUGUUCUGCAAUAGACAUUUCUCUGGGCUCAAACCCGAAAAUUUCACUUUUCAUUUCGCUUCAGGAAUGCGAGAAGCUGCUGAUCAUGAGAUGUCUUUUUUCGCCGGGAAGCGCCUCUAUCAGUGGAAGGACUCCAAGGUGGUAGUGCUUGUAAUCUCCAAGGACUCAGCGAUCGAGAACACGGUUGAGAUGCUGAAAAGAGAAGAAAUACUUGCUCUCUUCGAAUCACCCUGUCAGAUUUCAUCUCAGGAUGGAGUUGAGUCGAUCUUCCGAAAUUUGUGUGAUACCGUGACCUGA